CACUGUGUUUAUCAGCUGUCUUGAUUUGUGGAUGGUCACAUUGCUUUGGUUAUUUAAUAAACAUUUCAUACAAUUUUAUGAAAUAAAAGUAAAAUAAAUAGACCGCCCAAAUGAGACACGUACAAUUUUUGGCCCGCACCGUUCUGGUCCAAAACAACAAUGUAGAGGAGGCGUGUCGCCUGUUAAACCGUGUGUUGGGAAAAGAGGAACUUUUGGACCAAUUUCGCCGCACGCGAUUCUACGAAAAGCCUUAUCAGGUGCGACGCCGCAUCAACUUUGAAAAGUGCAAGGCUAUUUAUAACGAGGAUAUGAACCGAAAAAUUCAGUUUGUACUGCGAAAAAAUCGCACCGAACCUUUUCCUGGAUGCAGUUAGUUGCUUUGUUAAAUCGUUAUUGUGUCAAUAAAAAAAAAAAGAAAAAGGAAAAAAAA